CCCAAGGCAGCUCCCCUCCCUCGCUCUCUCGGUCUGGUUGCCCGAUCGCCUUCUUACUGAAUUUCCGUCUCCGUAUAACCCCUAGAUCAUCGGCGGGACACGGUUUCAAUUAGUACCAGGUGUCCGAUUCCCGGCUAAAAGUUUCCGACUCUGCUCAGGCUCCGGCGGGCUGCCGGCGAGAAUUGGCCGCGUACGGCUGCGUUGUAGAGUCCGUAGAUUGAACGCGCCAUCCAUAAGAAGACUCCCAGACGCAUGAGCUGGUCGGUCGACCUGGGUUUUUCCUCUCCGAAUUCGAACCACUUCAUAACGUGUCUCUUGAUCUUCAUUCUCCAUUAUUCCCCCCAAUUGCCUCCUUCCUUGUUUAAUUUCGAGAUUAAGCCUGUAGAACCCAAGCCAUCAUCCUCGGUAUCGUUAUCGUUACUGUUGUCAAGUCAUAGAAAAUUGUGUAGAAAUCGUAAUUUUUGUGACACCAGCAAUAGCCGAUCGUUGCAGUAUGGAGUCUGGGAGCAGGAGUAAUCGCCAUCUUUCCUCAGCUCCGUGCUAUUCAAAUGUUGGGAGGAGGCUAUCAACCGCACCAUCUGUCAUUGUCAUAGGUUGUGGCAUUGCAGGACUUGCAGCUGCUCGUGCCCUUCAUGAUGCCUCAUUCCAGGUUGUCCUACUUGAAUCACGGGAUAGAAUUGGUGGUCGAGUUUGCACUGAUUACUCUUUUGGUUUUCCUGUUGAUUUGGGUGCAUCCUGGUUGCAUGGGGUCUGCAAGGAUAAUCCAUUAGCACCUUUGAUAAGCAGACUGGGAUUACCCCUCUACCGUACUAGUGGUGAUGACUCUGUGCUGUAUGACCAUGAUUUGGAAAGCUAUGCACUCUUUGAUAUGGAUGGGAAUCAAGUUCCUCAAGAAUUGGUCAAGAAGGUUGGUGAAGUGUUUGAGGCCAUUUUAGAAGAGACGGAUAAUAUAAGACAGGAAUAUGGUGAAGACAUGUCCAUACGUUGUGCAUUUUCAAUUGUUUUCGAAAGAAAACCAGAAUUAAGGCUGGAGGGGCUUGCUCAUAAAGUACUGCAGUGGUACUUGUGCAGAAUGGAAGGCUGGUUUGCUGCAGAUGCUGAUACUAUUUCACUUAAACACUGGGAUGAGGCAAAACUGCUCCCUGGUGGUCAUGGGCUCAUGGUCCGGGGUUAUCUCCCUGUUAUAAACACCCUUGCCAAAGGUCUUGACAUCCGUUUAGGACACAGAGUUACGGGAAUAGCAAGGCGUUACAAUGGAGUGAAGGUAAUGGUAGAAAAUGGGCAAACAUUUGUGGCAGAUGCUGCUGUUAUUACAGUUCCUAUUGGUGUUCUAAAAGCCAACAGCAUAAAGUUUGAGCCGAAGCUUCCAGAGUGGAAGGAAGCAGCCAUUGCUGACCUUGGUGUGGGGAUCGAAAACAAAAUAGUGUUGCACUUUGAAAAGGUGUUUUGGCCGAAUGUUGAGUUUUUGGGCGUGGUUGCGGAUACUACUUAUGGAUGCAGCUACUUCUUAAAUCUUCACAAAGCUACUGGUCAUUCUGUCCUAGUUUAUAUGCCUGCGGGGCAGCUUGCAAAAGACAUUGAGAAAAUGUCCGAUGAAGCAGCUGCUAAUUUUGCUUUUAUGCAACUCAAGAAGAUUCUUCCCGAUGCUUUUGCACCAAUUCAGUAUCUUGUUUCUCAUUGGGGCACGGAUGCGAACACGCUCGGCUCCUAUACCUAUGAUAAAGUCGGGAAACCCCAUGAUCUGUACGAGAGGCUAAGGAUCCCGGUGGAUAACUUAUUCUUCGCUGGGGAAGGAGCAAGCGUGGACUACCCAGGUUCUGUGCACGGAGCAUAUUCAACAGGGCUCAUGGCAGCUGAAGACUGCAGGAUGCGUGUGCUGGAGCGUUAUGGGGAGUUGGAUCUUUUUCAGCCAGUGAUGGGCGAGGAUACAUCGGCAUCAGUCCCACUUUUGAUCUCUCGGAUGUAAUGUUUGAAGAAAUCCGUUCUGAAUUAUCUAAAAAUAUUCAAUAAUUUUCAUUAUUAUGCUGCAUAUGGAAUGGUCUGUCUGUCGGUCUGUCUGUCUGGGACCAAAAAUGCGCCAAUUUGAUCGGCUGCAAAAGCUAUGCUUUGGUUUGUUUUGAUCUCCAAGUCUCCAGUCCAGUUUAUUAGAAAAGCGUGUCAUUAGUUUAAUAAAGAAUGGUGAUAUUUUUGUGGA